AGUUAGGAAGACGAAAAGGUCAAAAAGAGAUUUUAUCAUCAGAUAAAACAGCAUCGUCAUCACCACUUAUUAAUAAGAAAAAUUCUCGUUCACAAUCACCCUCUUCUGAACGUUCACAAUCUCCACUGUUAAAUAACAAAAAACAAAAUGUUUUGCUUCAAAAACAACAGAACCAACAAUUAUCAGAGCCAACUGCUAAAACAGUUACUUCUAAAUCUGAGUCACCAAAAAAUCUUAGUCGAAAAGCUACGAUUAUAGCAACCACAAAAACGUCCAUUCGAGAAAAACAAAAAUCUUGUAAAAGUCGUUCAGCAACGACAAAUCGUUUAACUCCAAUACUUGAUCGUUUGAGAACCAAAUCCAAUAAUCGUAUUCCUGUUGUAUCGUCUGCCUCUUCUGUAGCGUCUUCUCAUAUUGUUCUUACCAAUACAAAGUCGAAGAAAAAACAAACAGUAACGAUCAAAAAACGUUCUCGUUCAUUGGAAAAUGAAACCGAUAAUGAACAUGUUCAAGUCUUAUCAGUUGCUACUACGUCAACUGAUGAAAAGCCAGCUAAAGGCGCAACUGUUGGUAGAAAGAAUAAACGUUUGAAAAAGUAA